GUUGCCAACAACCUUCUAUAGUAUUAUGAAAACUCUUUUAAAUAUAUAUUUUUAUUAUUAAUUAAAAGUUGUUAAAAAUUAUGUAUACUUUACUCUUAAUUUUAACAUUUUUUUAUAAUUUUAUAAAUUUUAAUCAAUGUAUUAAAAAGAUUAUUUUUUAUUUUUUUUUAUGUUGGGUGAUAAUAUAAUAAUAAAAUAAAGAAGUGACGCGUAUGGAGUGUUUAUAAGGGGGUGAAGAAAAGAGUGAUUGGAACGAAGCCAUUCAUUUGGUAGGAAAAGAGGGAGGUAGGUGAAAGAAAGAGAAGAAACCUAACCCACUUGUUAAACGACAACAGACAUGGCCGUUUCGAGCUCUCACAUGCUUUUCACCUUCGAGUGCCGUUCCGAUCCCGAUUUCUCGCCACCGCCAACCUCCGACAACCUCCGCCGCCGCCAUUUCCGUUCCGCCGCCGGAUCCGGUGGUUCCUACCAUGGCCUCUCUUCGCUCAUCCUUCGCUUCCCUCCCAACUUCCAGCGCCAGCUCAGCACCAAGGCUCGCCGCAACUGCAGCAACAUCGGCGUCGCGCAAAUCGUUGCCGCUUCGUGGUCCAACAACAAUUCCAACACCCCCGCUGCCGGGGCUCCACUGCCGGCCGCGGCUUCUGCCGUCGACGCCGCCACGGAGCCCCUCCCCGUCGACCUCGCCGCUGAUGAGGACCUCGUUGUUUCCGCCGACGAGAACGGGGGUGUACAGUUAAAGCAUAGUUCUUAUUCUUCCUUUUUGAAAUCCGAUGCAAGCAAAACGAUUCAUGCCGCUGAACGACUAGGUAGGGGUAUUGUAACUGAUGCAAUUACCACCCCUGUGGUGAACACUUCUGCUUACUUUUUUAAGAAAACUGCUGAUCUCAUAGACUUCAAGGAGAAUCGUCAGGUUAGUUAUGAAUACGGGCGCUAUGGAAACCCAACAACGGUGGUUUUGGAGGAGAAGAUAAGUACACUGGAGGGGGCUGAAUCAACUGUGAUAAUGGCAUCUGGGAUGUGUGCUAGCAUAGUCCUGAUGAUGGCACUGAUUCCAGCUGGAGGACAUCUUGUGACCACUACAGAUUGUUACAGGAAGACUAGAAUAUUCAUAGAGACUGUGCUUCCAAAGAUGGGGAUCACGGCCACUGUAAUUGAUCCAGCAGAUGUUGGAGCUUUGGAAUCUGCAUUAGAGCAGCACAAUGUGUCUCUGUUCUUCACCGAGUCUCCUACCAAUCCUUUCCUCAGAUGUGUUGACAUUAAGCUGGUUUCAGAGAUUUGCCGCAGGAAAGGGACUUUGCUCUGCAUUGAUGGUACAUUUGCAACACCUUUGAACCAGAAGGCCCUUGCCCUUGGUGCUGAUCUGACUCUUCAUUCGUUAACAAAAUACAUGGGUGGACAUCACGAUGUCCUUGGUGGCUGCAUAAGUGGUUCAACUCCGUUGGUUUCACAAAUUCGGAAUUUGCAUCAUAUUUUGGGUGGUACUCUUAACCCGAAUGCUGCAUACCUAUUCAUCAGAGGCAUGAAAACGCUGCAUCUACGUGUACAGCAGCAGAAUUCAACAGCAAUGAGGAUGGCCAAAAUUUUAGAGGCACAUCCCAAGGUGAAACGUGUUUACUAUCCAGGCUUGCCAAGUCAUCCUGAACAUGAACUUGCCAAGAGGCAGAUGACUGGUUUCGGUGGCGUUGUCAGUUUUGAGAUUGAUGGAGAUCUACAUACCACAAUAAAAUUUAUUGAUUCACUGAAAAUCCCAUAUAUUGCGGCCUCGUUCGGUGGCUGUGAGAGCAUCGUGGAUCAACCUGCUAUUUUGUCUUACUGGGAUCUUCCUCAGUCAGAAAGGGCUAAGUAUAAGAUUCAUGACAACUUGGUUCGCUUCAGCUUUGGAGUUGAAGAUUUUGAGGAUUUAAAGGCUGAUGUCCUACAGGCUCUGGAGGCUAUAUAGACAGUAUUCCCAAUUCACCCAAAUGCUCUUUUUACGUGUUAUUUGUUCCUUUUUGUUAUCACGUCUGGCGAAUCAAUUGAAUUUUGAUCGUCUAAUGUUCUGCUGGGUUUGUAUUAGAUGAAUGGUCUCUGAUUUAGUUGUUAUGAAAAACGUCAUGAAUUUAAAUUGAAACUUCCGUUU